AUGUCCUUCUCGAGGAACUAUGACCGAAACGACGAAGGCGAAGUGUGUCUUGGGUAUCUCAGCGAGAUUUCGGAGAGUGAUGUCGAUUACUUCAAUUGCAUUCGGUCGCAACAGAAGCGCAAAUCCGAUUUACGAAAGCGCCACAAACCCUACAAGUGGCAUUUCAAAGACACGCAAAUGUUUUACACUGCAUUGCGGAAAUACGGCGCGAACAUGGAGCUCAUUGCAAAAGAAAUUAAUAUCAAGUGUGUUGAUCGAAAUGUCGUGAAGUUGAAAUUCAAAUACGAACAAAAGGCGAAUAGUUUGUUAAUCCAAAGUGCGAUGAGGAAGUCCGAAGUGUCGCCCAUAUACUUUGGGACUUAUUGA